CUUACUCCAUUUUUAUAUUUAAAAGGAGCUCAUAACUUUCUUUCUUCUUCCUUGUGCAUAUGCCACAUUGAUUUGCCGCCUUCUGUGUAUUACUUCAGCUCACAUUUUGUGCAAAGAAAAUCUCCCAAGUCCUACUUUCCCAGUUGACCAUAACCAAGAAAACUUGUCUUACAAAGACACAAAAUGUCAGGUGGGGUUGGUCCAACUUACAGUGACAUUAGCCUCCCAAAAGAACAAGAACAUGAACUCAAACAAAGCCAAGACCCAACUUGUUCAAAGCUCAAGAAAGCUGGGGUCCUCCCCUUUUGGCAGAUCAAUGCCCUGGCAGUCAUCAUAGUCCUAUCAGCCAGUGGCAUGGUAAGCCCUGGAGACUUUGCUUUCGUUCUCAUUUCCUUCAUCUACAUCUACUUCCUCUCAAAAUUUGCUUUUCCCACCCUCCCUUCUUCUAAAGAUCCCCAAGCCUUUAACCCCCAAAACAAGUUUCUGCGCCUCUAUGCUCUCUUGGGUGUCAUCAUAGGCCUUGUUCUCCCAAUAGCAUAUAUCUUUGAGGGCAUUAUGGAAGGUGACAAACAAGGAAUUAAAGCAGCUGCUCCUCAUGUUUUUCUUCUUGCCAGUCAAGUCAUCAUGGAUGGAGUGGUUUUCAAUGACAGGUUUUCGACUCCCAUACGCGUCUUCGUGCCCGUUUUCUAUAAUUCCAAGAGGAUGUUUACCCUUGUGGAGUGGCUUAAAAAUGAGUUCUCUAAAGAAGUGUAUGGUGCAUCUGCAAGGAGACUUUACCUAGGUAGAAUGAUUGCUGUUGCUAAUUUGGCCUUUUGGUCCUUGAAUCUUUUCGGGUUCUUGUUGCUUGUCCAUCUUCCAGCAGCUUUCAAGAAAUAUUAUUCUGCCCACAAGGAAAGCAAAGAUUGAAAAUGGUUCCAGUGACUUGUAUCUCUAUCCUUUUACUACUUCAGUUACCAGUGUUCUUCUGUCAGAAAUUUGGAAGAUGUGUUUGUAGUUCAGUUGAUCAGUUAGAAAUUAGAGUUUAGUUUCUUCUUUUUCUUAAUUGUAAACAAAAGUUUUCUAGUUCAAUGUUGACUAGUUCUUCUCUUAGAAAAAUAGUCUCCAUCACUCUCACUUUUGUAAUUUCAAUUUGCAGGGUAAU